GGCUUCGCGCAGCCACAACUGUUUCUCUGUACUUCACCAUGUUCGUGAUAUUCUCAUGGCUGCUGCUUGCAGCUUCAGUUCAGGCUGCAAAACUGACUCUUCAGUCCCCUCGUUUCACAAUUUCAUCUUCCAAUGCGACUACACUCCGAACUGAGACGUUUACCACAACUCAAAAACCCGAGCCUUUGACGCUCUCAUCAUCUGAUACUUUCAAACUUACCUUCCAAAUAACAGAGGAGGGCGAGGGCGGAAAAGGUGUCCAGCCUCAUCAGACUUUCCUUAGGUUUUACGAUGGGGUAUCAGGAGAAGAAGGUAUUCAGCCCAUACGAGUAACUCCUGGCGGCAAGGCAAAGUUCGAGCUCAACAUGGCACGCCCGCCCGCCUCCAUCCCGCCUACCACGACCGACCCGUUGAAAGUUACUCUGAUUCUGGGCUCUUUCGUCCAUGAACCUGUGAAAUAUGAGCUAUUCGAUCUUUACAUUCCUGCUUCGCAGCCCCCGCCACAACAUGCGGACGAGGUGUUUUUCCAUACCCGCCCCGUCAUAGAGCACACUUUCCAUCCGGAACAAAAACUUCCUCCCACUAUGAUUUCCGCUGUCUUUGCGUGCCUAGUGCUCUCUCCGUGGGUUGUUUUACUCGGUCUGUGGGCAAAAGUCAGCCCGAGCGUUCCUCACUUGUUCUCUCCGAGUGUUGUUCCCUUUACCACCUUGCUUGGCGCAUUUGAACUUUUGCUAUUCUGGUACUGGGUCGAGCUCAAUUUGGGACAGGUCUUGUUAUACGGCAGUCUGCUUGCAGUCCCCACUGUCUUUGCUGGGAAGCAGGCUUUGGCUAAAACUGGUGAAUGGAGGCAGGGUCGAAGCUAGAUUGUUGCAUAAAGGUGCUAGAAAAAAAAUUGUUGGCAUUUUUCCCUCUUUGUCUCUUUUAUGGCACGGAAAUGUGAUGAAUUCUGAAGCUGUGUGUACGAGGUCAAAUGC